AUGGCAGGGAAGAAAGCGAUUUCAGUCUCGCAAUUUGCCGAGCACUUCCGUCGUGCCUGGCUGGGUACACAAGAGAAGUUUUAUUCCGGUCGGAGCCUCGAUCGAAAUGACUUCAAUCAGCUGCCUCGCAAGCUCGGCCUCGCCGUUAGCGGCGGUGCCGACUCUAUGGCACUUGCAUAUCUAUGUCGCCAACUAGAACGUUCGGCCCUGGCUGGGAAGAUUUCAGUCACUGCGUUCGUGGUUGACCAUCGUGCCCGGGCAGAAAGCAGCCAAGAAGCACGGACUGUUGCCGGCUGGCUUCAUGCAAUGGGUAUCAAGACGGAGAUCCUGGAGCUGGACUGGGCUCAAUUUGCAAAGCAAGACAGUUCAGGCCAUGCGAAAGGAAAUUCGACUUUACCAUCAGCCUUUGAAACCCACGCCCGUCAUCUACGAUUUCGGGCCCUUGGUAUGGCCUGUCGAGAGAGGGACAUUAACGCCUUACUUAUGGGUCAUCACCAGGAUGACUCAGUGGAGACUACUAUCUGGCGACUAAGCUCUGGAGGAAGAGGUGCUGGCCUCUCCGGAAUUCCUGAAGUUGCUCGAAUCCCCGAGUGCCACGGUCUGUUCGGGGUCUCCGAGAGCGGUUCGUCUGUCAACUUGUCUGAUCAUGGCAGCCAUGGUCGCGCACCAGUCCAACUCCAAGUCGACGACAAGAAUAAAGGGAGUAUCAUUUUCAACCCACAGACAAUCCAACAGAACACCGGCAAACAAAAACAAAAGUCAACAAGCACCUCAUCACCCAAAACCUCAAGCCCACUCACCUUGUCAGACGUCCCCGUUGCAACCGGCGGUAUUCACAUCUGUCGCCCUCUCCUUUCAUUUCCUAAAGCUAGCAUACUGGAAACCUGCCGCCAAAAUAACAUUCCCUACGUCUCUGAUCCAACCAAUUUCGACCCAACCCUGACCCCGCGCAAUGCCAUCCGCAGCAUGCUCGCCUCAAACUCUCUACCGCGGGCAUUACAGGCACCGUCUAUUCUCUCCCUGAUCCGCUCAAGUCAAUCUUUCCUCCACACAUCAACCGAAUUCUCAAACCAACUGCUCGCAUCAAGAUGUCGUAUUCUCAACUUGAACUUGAAAGCGGGCAUAAUGGUUCUUCAGAUCAAGGAUCUCCCUGCAUUCUUAGAUCCCCUGCAGUCUCAAUUACCCGCUUCUCGUCUAUUCCAGAUCCAAUCUCUCACCCUCCGACGCAUCACCGAAAUCAUCUCCCCCUUCCAUGGAAAUCAUUUCCCACUACGCAGUUACGAGCCUUUUGUCCCACGCAUAUUCGGUCAUCAAGACGGCCAAGAUGGAUCGAAGGAAUCAUCAUUCAUUCCUGGACAGAAUUUCACACUGGGCGGCGUGAUGUACCAUCCCCUUGCCGUGAAACAUCAGCUAGGUCCAGUCCCCGGUGGCAAAAAUCUAUGGCUCCUGACUCGCCAGCCAUUCUUCAAGAACAAAGGCCCCGUCACUCGACUUGAUGUUACCUUCGCGCCUACAAAAUCACACAAGUCUAAUCCCGGCACAACACUAUCUCCAGGGUUCACUCCGUGGACAUUAUGGGAUGAUAGAUACUGGUUCCGUUUCAAAGUCACUCCCACCAGCAAGAACCAAGAGAAGCGGUCAAGCGAGACACGCAACAUGACACUUCUCGUCCGUCCACUUGUUAAGACGGAUCUUCAAAGAAUUCGCGUUGAUCCCAAACUGAUACCGCAAAUAAAACGCAACAAGAAAUGGUUCUCAUUGGUCAUUCAUACCAGGCUUAGGAACCUCCUGGCCGAAGAGUGUCCAGGGUCGGCACGAUUCACGCUUCCAGUGUUGGCUAUAGAAAAGCCUAGCGACAUGCCAUGGUCACCGGAUUAUGAGCACGACCAGCUGGUAGCUCUGCCAACUUUUGAUUUCCAAUUGGAUGCACUGUCAUCGCAAAGGGGGCCUAACGUAGUAGAAUUCACUUACGGGGGAGAAAAGUGGAAAGUGACGUGGGAAUGGAUGUACAAAAUGGUUGACACAGAGGCAAUUCGCCUUAUGGGCGGGCCUGUCAAAGUUGAAGCUGAAUCGGCUAGUGUACACAACAAUAAGGUAUGA